AUGACGAGACUCGGAGCAGUGAAUGGUUUGAAACUGAACAAAGAAGAUGAAGAGGAAGACUACAUCUGUGAAGGUUGCAUAUUUGGAGCAAUGAAGAGAUCACCAUUUAAGGCAAAAAUUCUUGGAUUGGAUGAAGAAAUCCAAGAAGAGUUAAAAAGCACAAUACCAGGAACAAGUGACGAAGGAACAUCAGCAGAUAAUAAACAAGAAGAGAAUCAUGAAACUCAUACGGAAGCUCAAGAGAUUGAUCAACAAGAAUUAGAUAUGGCAGAGAACCGAAGACAAGAAGAAAUCAAUCAAGCUCAUGAGAAAGUUCAAGAGAUUGAUCGUGUUGAAAUAAACAACGAAACUGGUGGAGGAGAAGAACCAAUUCCCGAAAUCGGAGCAGAGAUUGAAAUUCAAAUAGAACAGGAAGAGCCGAGAAGAAGAAAACAACAACGUCCGAAAGAUAAAACUACGAGAACUCCUCCUGUUCCUAACCAAAUCGAUCCACAAGCCGAUGAUGAAACACUUCCCGUUAUUGAUCUACCAAUUCCGGAAGGUCAAGGAAGAAGAACUGGACGACCCAAGCAUUAUACAGCAAGAUAUGAAGCCUUUAGGAAUUCUCUAGAUAGACCAUUGGCCAAACUUGGAUUAAUCGGUAUGCUCAUAAUAUUCGCAAUAUUUGUUCUUGUCAAAUAA